GUCCUAAAUUUUCAUUUGCUCGUUGCCUUUUUGAAAGAACCCCCUCGCAAUCGGUAAAAACCCCAGGGUUGUCUCUUGUCUGCAAUUCCCCAAAUCGAACCUUCUCUCUCCCAUUACUCAUUUUCAGUGAAGCAGGCGCUCUUGCUCCACCGAGAUCGGCGACUACUAACCGUCGUCAAUUCUGCAGCCGUGUGAGAACUCAGGCAAGGCAGUGAACGUCUACUGAUGGUACUCAUGUUACUGAUAUUACUACUAUCCUGAUGUCGGUUCCUAUUCCCUUCGAUCUCUUUUUACAUUUCUUGUUUACAUUUGGUGGUUUAUGAGACACUAGAAAGUAACUUCAUGGUAACAGAAUUCUGACUUUCUGAGUAAUCAAUUCAAGUCAAUAAUCAUGGAAAAACACAUCCCAGAUUGCCCAUACCCCGGAUGCUUUUUCUGUGUCAUGAAAGAAGGAAACCCAAACAAACGAAGAGCAAGCAUCAUGAAGUUUUUCAGAGAGCUUCCUUCACAAGAUGAUGAUGGUCAAGUUCUCCCAAUAAGUGGCCUUUGGAACACAGCCAUGGCACAUCCUAAUGAUCCAGAGUUCAUAGAAUUAGGUAUCUUUGAAUGCAUGUCAGCUCUCAUCUGGAAAGGCUUAAAGAAUCGCAGAUGGCUAUCUCAUGAUCAAAACAUCUACAUCCCUUAUUAUGCUGCACAUAUAAUCGGAUCAUACACCAUGAACAUGGAAGAUUUUGCAGAAACUGCAGUCAAUGCAGGGGUAAUCCCACCUUUGGUUGAACUUUUAAGAGGCAGAUUAACUUGGGUUGAACAAAGAGUUGCUGUAAGAGCUUUAGGACAUUUAGCUACAUAUGCAAGCACUUUCCCUGCUGUUGCAAGUCAUGGAGAGAUUCUUGAACUUUGUAUACAAUUAGCAAUGAGUUCACUUGAGAUUGUUUACUCUCACUUUUAUCAGUAUGCUGAUAGAAGACUUAGUUAUCAUUGUGAUCUUUUGACACGUGGCAUGGGUGGUGUAGAGAUGGAAUCAAGGAAAGCUGAGGAAUGGGCUAGUCAAUUACAGUGUUGGUCUCUUCAACUUAUAAAUUGUUUUGCUUUUAAGCCUGAGUUUCUUUCUACAAUAUGUAAACCUGAGUUUCUUGUGAAGCUUCCUGGAAUGUGGGGUGGACUUGUGAAUGAAAAUUCACCAGCUGGUAUUGGGUUGUUGAGAACAAUUUGUCAUCAUAAAUUUGGAAGAGGACCUGUUAGCAGUUGCCCAGGGGUAAUUGAGUCUUUAUGUAAUAUUGCACGAUCUUCAGAUGACUGGCAAUAUAUGGCUAUUGAUUGUCUUCUAUGGUUGCUUCAAGAUCCUAAUACCUUCCAUAAGGUGAUCGAAAAGGCAGCACCAGCAGUUCUGGACCUAGCAGAAAUCCAAACCCUCGGUGACCACAAAAAACUCGGUGAUUCCAUCCUCAACGUCCUCCAAGAAUCCAUCAAUUCCACCGGAAACCGCAAUUCCAUCAGCAACCGAACCCAAGAAGACAUCGAAUCCCUCCUCGAUUCCCGCGAACGUUUCAAAUGGGAAAAAUCCAUGCCAAAAGAAGACCUCCACAUCAAACAAGCCGCCGCCUUAGUCGUCAAACUCGAAGGCAACUCCCUCUUUUCUUCCGGAAACAUCCAAGCCGCCGCCUUAAAAUACUCAGAAGCCCUCUCCUUAUGCCCCGUAAGAUCCAAAAAAGAAAGAGUUGUUUUAUACAGUAAUCGCGCCCAAUGCUACCUUUUGUUGCAACAACCUUUGACUGCCAUCAGUGAUGCCACGCGGGCCCUUUGUUUGCAUAAUCCCGUCAAUAGACACGCGAAAAGCUUGUGGAGGCGGGCCCAGGCGUAUGAUAUGAUUGGGUUGGCGAAGGAGAGUUUGUUGGAUGCGAUUUUGUUUAUAAAUGAGUGUUCGAAUUCUAUGGAUCCGGAUUUGAAUUGUAGGCAGAAUAAGGUCCCGGAUUAUGCGGAGAGGUUGGUGAAGAAGCAGAUGAAGGCCGCGUGGUUGUUUAGGGAGGCGGCGGUGAAACAUGGCGGGAUUGAUUGUGAGGAGGGUGGGGGUGGCGGUGGUGGUGGUGGGGAUGGGUAUGGGAGUGAUGAUUCGGAGUGGGAGACUGCUAGUGAAAGUGAUGUUGGAGAUGGUGGGAGGAAAGAGAUCGGGGGGAAUGAAUAA